AUGCCCGCCGCGGGAGAGGAGCCCUUGAAAGGUUCGAGGCCUCCAGAUCUCCUCAUGUCGCCUGAGCUUCAACAUCGUUUGGACAAUUGGCGCAUUACUGGAGAGUCCCCACUUCCAGAGUUACAGAUGCAUGAUCCAAAAUACUGGACGCGGUUUUCAACCAUCGAUCUGCGGUUAAUCCACCACAUGGUCACACUGUCAACCGACAUGCACGCAAAAAAUUAUGGAUCUUGUACAGCAUGGGGUUCCAAAAUGGCAACGCUCAUCAAUACGGCGCUCCAGCACGAUUUUGUCAUGAGUGCUCUAUUGGCCCUAUCGGCGUCGCAUCUGGCCUGGCAGACAAAAAACGGCGAUACCGACAAUCUUGCAUAUCAUCAUCGAGGUGUUGCUUUGAAAGGGCUUCAUGAAGCGAUUGGUGCCUUUUCUCGAGACAACUCGGAAGCAAUCCUCGCAGCAUCAAUGCUAUUGUCAUGGCAAGCAACAGAGUGGCGAAGCUGGGCAUCCCUUCAGCAAGGUGUUUCUACCGUCAUGAAUGCCAUGAGACCCUGGAUACACGAAUCCGAAUUGGCAAGAUAUUUGGAUCAUCAACGGUCAGUGGCCAGAGCGAGGACGCCCGCAACACCUACGAUGCCGCAUGCGCAGUUACCCGUACCCCAUGAAGACCUACGUCGCCUUGAACAGAUAUCUACAGCCCUGCACAAUCUCCAAAUACGGCUGUCGCACAAAGAAGAGUUGGCAGACCACGCUGCACAAUUAAUAGAAUACAUCCAGGAGUUGCAGAGAGAUCUUCAUCCCCAGCCACCGGAGCAAACCUUCCCACGACUCCAACCGCUUCGAGAUUUGAUUUUCUGGCUGCCUCCCUUGAUCUUACAGGGUGGGGAUUCCGAUCUACCAGCAUUGACUCUGCUCUCACACCUGUACGCGAGUGCUCUGGCUAUUGAACCAUUAUUCCCCGAAAUCGGCGGAGCUUACCUUGGUAGCAUGUCUGUCCAACCGUUGGAGAGAAUUCAUGAUGUUUUGCGGACAAGACGGGCAACGCAGCCGCAAGAUGCGAGUAUUCAGGUGGCAUUGUCAUUAAUGGAUGUCCCUAUGCAAAUCAUGACAGCAUACCGAUUACGGCACAGGCACAACAGCCAGAGCAGUCACAAUAAUAUGGACUACCAUCACUCACCGCACGGCAGUCCUUACGUGGGUCCUCAUAUACCAGUAGGAUCGCCAGCGACAGACAUCUCAUCGCAGUCAAUUUACUCGAAUUCACCUCUACAUGCCCCAAGCAGCCUUCCUCUACCGAUUGGAUCCUAUUUCAGCGGUGGGUCUUCAGGAGGAGAUGUGCGCCGGGAGUCAUCCAUGUCAUCAAUCGGCAGUCUGUCACGCACACACUCGUUGGGAGAGCGAGGGAUGAGCUCGAACAGCUCGGGUCAUGCAAUGAGCAUGGUAUAUGGGUCGCCUACUCAUCAGCAACCGCCACAACCGCGAAGCAGUCACGAAAUGCAAGCAUCACGUGUGGAUUAUUUUGGACAGGUUCAGCCUCCGUACAACCCAUACGGCAGCAUGAAUAUGAAUACUCGGUUCGUCACUCCUUCACAGCUUUGGACAUGAGCUGGAACGUCAUCAUGAGAGAUCGGGCGAGCUGAGUAUUCAUAUCAUACAGGACGAAUACAGGAGCACCUCCUAGUACAAUGGCAUCUUCCAGCUUGCAGCAUGAUUACCGCAACCAUGACAGUCACGGAUGAAGGACCUGGAUGGAAUGGCAUGGCAUGGCACGGACUGGCGUGGCUGGUCCACCAGUGGGGCCAGAUUCUCCCCCAACGAUGACGUGAGAUGAUGCAUAUGUUAGAGGCAUUGAAAAGCCAAGGAACCAAUGAUUUCGACGCACGAAGGACAAAAGGGAAACGCGUCGCAGGAGCUGGAUGGAAGCUAUAUCCUUGGACUUGAUUACGACUUGCUUGAGCAGAGACUCCAAAUUACCAACAGUCAGCCGACAAACGAGAGAUUCGAGACCUCGAGCACUUUUUAUCGCGAGGAAAACCAGAAGGGAGAGAUAGGAACAGCGUCGACUAGCGAUUCAGUAUGGUUGGACUGAUCGAGGGAGAAUGAAAGGCUGAAAAACGGCUUCUGUCAUCCUGAAGGACCGCCUGAGGAGUUACUGAAGUUUGAUGUUGAGGUCAUUUUUCUGCUUGUCAGAGACACAGCGGUGGGAAUGGCGGCUAUUCCUGCCAAAGCUGAGGUCAUCCCUUGACGCUCUGAUUGGACUUGAGGCCAUCCAGAGUACCAUUUUUGCAGAGGUGUGUGUCAAGUAUCGACAACUCACCCGUGUAAUCAGGUGUACCUACAAGUUCCAAGCAUGCGUCCUAGUGUGAUUGAACACAAGUGAGGCUGCAAGCACUGAAGAGAGUCGUUCCGCAGAAAGUCCUGCACAUGGGUUUUCCAAGCAACCAUCGUAGUAUCUCACCGAUUCACAACCAAGUAAAGAACGCGGUGAAAGCAGCCUGCUAUCCUUUGCGAUUGUGCAGAAAAUGGCACGC